UUCCCGUUCGAAACCCUAAAGCUCAGUCUCCACUCUCCAGUCUCUACCAGCAGCAAUGGCGCCAAAGUUGGAUCCCUCGCAGGUCGUUGAAGUCUUCGUCCGCGUCACCGGCGGCGAAGUCGGCGCGGCGAGUACCCUGGCUCCCAAGAUCGGUCCUCUCGGUCUCUCCCCAAAGAAGAUCGCAGAAGACAUCGCGAAGGAGACAGCCAAGGAAUGGAAGGGUCUGCGUGUCACUGCCAAGGUCACCGUGCAGAACCGUGAGGCCAAGAUCUCGGUGGUUCCCUCCGCCGCCGCCCUUGUCAUCAAGGCCCUCAACGAGCCCGAGCGCGACCGCAAGAAGGUCAAGAACGUCAAGCACAGCGGCAGCAUUAGCCUGGCCGAUGUGGAGAAGAUAGCCACCGUCUUGCAGCCGAGAUCCAUGGCGAAAGGCCUGGACGGCACGGUGCGGGAGGUUCUCGGCACGUGCGUGUCCGUUGGCUGCUUGGUGAACGGAAGGGACCCUCGUGAUGUGCAGAAGGCGCUGACCGCCGCCGUCUACUGA